UCUUUGGUUCCUACCCGCUGACGUUGAAACCAGCUUGGGAGCAAAACCUCGAGAAUAGCUCCAUCUUCUGGAAAGUAUAAUCUUCAAACACUUCCUACUCUUGGAUUUACUAUUAUUUUUUGACAGAAGUGAACAAACUCUUAAAUCUAAACUUUGCCUUUUCCCUUUGUGAAUUUAACGUGUGUGCUUAUAGAAGUCAGCUACCAGUAAUUGUAAAUGGCGAAAAGAUUAUUUUGUUCUCCGAGUCAAAGUAUAAGUUUCAAGUUUCGGGAAGCCUCUUUUGACCUACUCGCAGAUUUUCUUAUUAAUCUCAACAAAAGCAACAAAGAUAACCUCAACAACCUAUCUAAAUGUAGUGGAAGCUUCAAAGAUAAAAGACUCAUUGAGUACAUCUUCCUGAUGACCGAAGAACUGACACUUGAUCCACUGGCUGGAUACCAUGCCAUUGAAUUACUUCAAAGGUUCAUGGUCAAGCACCUCACAGAUUUGCUCACCACACCCACACCUCAAGGUGCAGCUGCUGAUCAGCCAAGAAGUUAUGAAGAUGCUAUUUUUGACAAGAUCAAGGAGAAAUUCCCCCUCAUCAUCUUCUCCUGUGUGCAACUUGCGAGCAAACUGUCUUUGCACAGUCAUAUAAUCGACAACAAUACUGCUGUACAGUUCCUGCAUUCAGUUGGCCACAGUGUUUCCAAGCAGGCUCUCUUGGAAACAGAGCUGAUGAUUUUAAAAGGGCUUGAAUUCAGACUAAAUGCUCCAAAUCCUCUGACAUACGUGGAGAUCCUUCUGGAGGUGCUUGGACACAAUGAGCCAUCCAUCCCUGUGGAGCACCUGUAUGGCUUGUGCUGCUAUGUUCUCCAGUUUGUCAGCCUACAGAAGACUGCCAUCUACGGCACCUUGUUGAAGACUACCACUCGGUGUGUCAGCCCAUCCAGAGAACAGAGAGAGAAGUUUGUGACAGUGACUGAAGACUGCAUGCUUCUUGGAGUUGGUGUCAUUUCUGUGGCUACAUUCAUCCUCUAUGCUAGAAAAUGGGAACAGGUUUUGGGAGAACUGAGUCAUAUCACAGGAAUCUCAAGGAAGAGCAUCAGUGAUUUCACUCAUGUAACACUGAUGCAUAUUGUUAGACCCAGUUCCCCUGUAAUAGCAUUCCUAAAAUAGUGACACACACACACACACGC